GCCAGCGACUUGCGGCGAGCGUGGACGCGCAGAAAAAAAAGGAGAGAGAGCAGAGCGGAGAGGAGAGAGGAGCUGUGGGAGGAGGGCGACGUGACGGGAGGACCCACAACAGAAGCUCUCAGGACUACGACACACGCAGAGAAGGCAAACUAACAAACAAACAAACAAACAAACAACGGAUCAUAUCUGCAGCAGCUUUGGAGAGUGGAGCAGCCGGAUACGCGGCGCGGACUGUUACGCACGACAGCUUCUCCCUGCGGUACAAUUCAGCAGUUUUCUGGUCAGGAGGCGCACGGCUCGCCCGCUCUUCCUCGUCAGAAAAGCGGGUUUCCUAGCGGGGAGGUUUACGGAGCAGCGGGACCGAAGGCACGGUGGAGGAGUUGGGAUGUCCUGAGUCAGUCCUUCGGUCCCAGAGAGCAGUUUGCUGAUGGGACCUGCUGCCUCGCCAUGAGCUUGCAAGAUGGCGGCUGCAGCUACGCCAGCAGCGCCAACAUGGCCACCAUUAGUGGCACCAUGCGACGCCGCCUGGAGGACCAGGAGUUUGCCCUGCGCGUCUAUCCAGGCUCCCUGGCUGAGGGUACUAUCUACUGCCCCGUCAGCGCCCGCAAGAACACCACCGCUGCUGAAGCCAUCGAGUGCCUCAUUGAAAGGUUGCGCCUGGAGCGUACCAAAUGUUACGUGUUGGCUGAGGUGAAGGAGUUUGGCGGGGAGGAAUGGAUCCUCAACCCCGGUGAUUGCCCUGUCCAGCGCAUGAUGCUGUGGCCAAGAAGUGCCCUGGAGAAUCGCAGCGGCCUGGGCAGUGGGGAUGACUACCGCUUCCUCCUACGGGAGAAGAACCUGGAUGGAUCUAUUCAUUAUGGCGGCAGCCUACAGAUGUGGCUGCGGGUCACUGAGGAACGGCGACGCAUGGUGGAACGGGGUUUCCUCCCGCAGCCAGCAGGAAGUGACCCUCCAUCUGACCUGUGUGCUCUCCCAGAGCUAACAGAGCGUGCUCUUUUGGAAAGCCUUCGAGCACGCUUCCGCCAAGAGAAGAUCUACACUUACAUCGGGAGUAUUCUUAUUGUGAUUAACCCCUUCCAGUUCCUGCCAAUCUACAAUCCUAAAUAUGUCAAAUUGUAUGACAACCACACACUGGGGAAGCUGGAGCCACACAUUUAUGCUGUGGCAGAUGUGGCGUAUCAUGCCAUGUUGCAGCGACGGAAGAACCAGUGCAUAGUCAUUUCUGGUGAGAGUGGAUCUGGGAAGACUCAGAGCACCAACUUCCUCAUUCAUCACCUGACUGCUCUCAGCCAGAAGGGGUUCGCCAGUGGGGUGGAGCAGAUCAUCCUGGGAGCAGGACCUGUGUUAGAGGCCUUUGGGAACGCUAAGACCGCCCACAACAACAACUCCAGCCGCUUUGGCAAGUUCAUCCAGGUCAACUAUCAGGAGAGUGGCACUGUCAGGGGAGCAUAUGUAGAAAAGUACCUGCUGGAGAAGUCUCGUCUGGUGUACCAGGAGCACAAUGAGAGGAACUACCAUGUGUUUUACUACCUGUUGGCUGGAGCCAGUGAAGAGGAGAGGAAGGCCUUUCACCUGCUCAAACCUGAGGAAUACCACUACCUCAACCAGAUGACAAAGAAAUCGCACAAACUCCACUGGGACAAUUACUAUGAGAGUGAGCUGCAGGACUGCUUCACAGUAGAAGGAGAAGACCUGAAACAUGACUUUGAGCGGCUGCAGCUGGCUAUGGAGAUGGUCGGCUUCCUACCCACCACACGCAAACAGAUUUUCUCCCUGCUGUCAGCGAUCCUCCACCUGGGAAACAUCCGUUACAAGAAGAAGACCUACAGGGAUGAUUCCAUUGACAUCUGUAACCCAGAGGUCCUGCCUAUCGUCUCAGAGCUGCUCGAGGUGAAAGAGGAGAUGCUGCUUGAAGCACUGACAACCAGGAAGACGGUGACUGUUGGAGAGAGGCUCAUUGUGCCCUACAAGCUAGCCGAGGCGGGCACAGUGAGGGACUCCAUGGCCAAGUCACUGUACAGUGCGCUGUUUGACUGGAUCGUCUUCAGGACCAACCAUGCCCUGCUAAACAACAAGGACCUGGAGGACAAUUCAAAGAUCCUGUCUAUAGGAGUCCUGGACAUCUUUGGCUUUGAGGAUUAUGAGAACAACAGCUUUGAACAGUUCUGCAUCAACUUCGCCAACGAACGACUCCAGCACUACUUCAACCAACACAUCUUCAAACUGGAACAGGAGGAGUACAGGGCAGAGGGCAUAACCUGGCACAAUAUCGACUACAUUGACAACAGUGGCUGCCUCAACCUCAUCAGCAAGAAACACACAGCUCUGUUCCACCUGCUGGACGAGGAGUGCAAUUUUCCACAGGCUUCCAAUCAGACCUUGCUGGACAAGUUCAAGCGUCAGCAUGAAGGAAACAGCUACAUCGAGUUCCCUGCUGUCAUGGAGCCUGCCUUCAUAAUCAGACACUAUGCUGGGAAAGUCAAGUACGGAGUCAAGGACUUUAGGGAGAAGAACACUGACCACAUGCGUCCCGACAUUGUGGCCUUGCUGAAGAGCAGCAAGAACGCCUUCAUCUGUGGCCUGAUGGGAAUCGACCCUGUGGCGACGUUCCGCUGGGCGGUGCUGCGUGCUUACUUCAGAGCUCAUGUGGCUUUCAGGGAGGCCGGCCGCAGGCACACCCACAAAAAAACUGGAAACGAUGCAGCAGUUCCCUGCGCGGUCGUGAAAACUGUCGACAACUUCAGUUUCCUUCACCACCCAGUUCACCAGAGGAGCCUCGAGAUCCUUCAAAGAUGCAAAGAUGAGAAAUACAGUAUAACUAGGAAGAAUCCCCGCACACCAUUGUCAGAUCUUCAAGGAACCAACGCAAUGAAUGAGAAGGCCAGCUGGGAUGGCUACAGUGUUGGAUGUAAUGGUCGCAGCUCCAGGUCAGGCCGACUGUCCUCAUCGGGAAGCCCGACCCUGGAAGAAGACGGGAUUUUCCUCAACUCUACCAACAGCAAACUUCUGGAGAGAGCUCAGGGCAUCCUACUGAGAAACAAAAACUGCAAAAGUAAACCAACCCUUCCCAAGCACUUGCUGGACGUUAAGUCUCUGCGCUACCUGAGCAGUGUGACGCUCCAUGACCGCAUCACCAAGUCUCUACUUCACCUGCACAAGAAGAAGAAACCGCCCAGCAUCAGUGCUCAGUUCCAGGCAUCACUCAAUAAGCUGAUGGAGACUCUUGAUCAGUCAGAGCCGUACUUUGUUAAGUGUAUUCGCUCCAAUGCUGAGAAGCUGCCGCUGCGUUUCAACGACAGUCUGGUGCUCAGACAGCUGAGGUACACAGGCAUGCUGGAAACCGUCCGGAUCCGACAAUCAGGCUACAGCAUAAAGUACACCUUCCAGGACUUUGUUCGUCAUUUUCACGUGCUGCUGCCUCGGGGCACGAGCCCAACAAAGUCGGGUAUCAGGGAGUUUUUCAGGCGGAUCCACCUGCUCCCUGCUGGGUAUCAAGUAGGCAACACAAUGGUGUUUCUACGGGAAGCAGAGCGCCAGCGUCUUCAGACCCUCCUCCACCAAGAAGUCCUGCGACGAAUCGUCACACUUCAGCGCCGCUUCAGGGCCGUCCUGGAGAGGAAACACUUUGUCAACAUGAGACAAGCUGCCUGUGCCAUCCAGCAAUGGUGGCGAUUCUGCCUCGUCAAGCAGUCUACUAUUGACUUGAGCAUCGAGGAAGGAGCAGCGGUGUGUCUGCAGGCGGCUUGGAGGAGUUACAGGGAGCGUAGGAAGUUCUUGCACUGGCGCGACUCUGCUGUCAUCAUACAGAGAAACUGGAGAAAUUGCUGCCAUCGUAGGUCUCUGGCAGCUACAACAAUUCAGACAGCCUGGAGAGGAUUCAAGGAGAGGAGCCGCUACUGUAGAACGUACAGGACUGUGACACAGUUACAGGCGAUGGGCAGAGGAUACGUGACUCGACUCAGGUACAGAGAUCUAAAAGAGCAGCAAGAGAGACUCAGUAGACAACCAAGUCCACCAGCAGAGAUGGAUGCAAGCAAUGUGGAGGAUCUUGCCUCAUCAGGACAGCAAAUUUAUGUCCAGGGUUUCCCUGAAAAACUUUUGAAAGACAGUAAGCCUGUUUCAGUUGAUGUAGCAGACACAGAAAAAGAGGAGGACUCAGAGCGUAGUAGGAGCAUCGAUGAUACUAGCCACAAGAACAGAUCAAAACGAGAGAGCAGACGAAUGAGAGAGCUAGAGCAGGCACAGUUCAGCUUGGAGCUUCUCAAAGUGCGAACCAUCACUGUUGGAGGUUCCCUACCAGAAGACCUGGUACCAAACACCAGCGCCUGUCAGGUGGAUGACCAUCACAGACAUUCCCCGGCUACUCAUGGAAGUUUUGAACUGCUCAGUGUGGAAGACAUGGAGACUGAAGGUUCCCAGUUGAUUGCUCCUCAAGAGCAACCCCAAACUCUGGACGGUCAAAUUCACGAGAGACUGAGAGAUUCAAACCAUAAUGAAAAACCUUUGACUGAGCCCUUAACCAAAGUGGAGGGGCCGAGGGCCACAUUUUAUAUUGCUUCUGACCAAAGUCCAGUUCAUGAACCAAAAUUUGAAAGCCCCAGCAAAUCACACAAAGAGAGAAGGGAGUCCACCUCUCGAAGGCCUGUUGUGGUGUUGAUCAGUAUGCAGAAAGAGAGUCCUGUGGACGAGGGAGAGCUGCUGGCAGCCCAAACCCUAGACAGAGCUCCUGACACGGUAGCAGCCAGUUCCCAAAUGACCCCGAUUGCAGGCUUGGAGGUAGGAUCAGACAGCGAACAGCCUCAUGGGAUUUCUACUCAGGCCAAGAGAGACAUAUUUGGGGUGGACAAGUCUUUAAAGUUCCCCUCUUCAACCACUCCUGAAGAGAGUUCAGAUGUGUCAGGGAUUUGUUCAUCAGAGGUGGACAUCCAGAUCGUCCUUGAGCCGAAGUCCGGUGUUCCUGCUGUUCUCCCCAGCCAACAGGAGAGGAAGACGAUCCGGCCUGCACAGGAAGCUCCAAGUCCAGUCCUGGACACUAAACCCCCAAAAGCCCAGAAAAAGAGCUCUGGCCAGACUGUGAUUGUGAACAUGGUGGAGAAACCCUCCACCACUGUGUUCUCCCCACCCAGACGAAAGCUGCCAUUCUCCAAGUCAGAUAAGGAUUUGGUGAACCAGGAAAGAUCUCUCGCCAUGUUCAGAGAUGACUCCAAAUCUGCUGGAUCCAGAAACAGAGAGCAGGUGGGCCGCCCUGGCCCCAAAAAGAAAGCUCGAAUGUCCCGGACCCGCUCCGACUUCCUCACCCGCUGUAACUCUGAGGGGGCGACUCAGUCUGAUGACGAUGAUGAAUACUACAUCCCCGCCCACUCCCACACGCUGCCCCCCUCCCUGUCUCCCCCACGUGCCCACCCUGAGGCUGACUGUCACAGUGACUCCGAGAUGUCAUCUCACAAAGACCAGAAGAAGAUCCAUAAGACCAUGUCGUCAGGGGAUCUGGGCAAGGUCGAGGUCCUGAGGAAAACCUCCAGUCAAGAUGGAAGCAGGAUGAGAGGGAAGAUGCGAUUCUGGAGUAAAACAAAACACGGCGAGAAAAAGCUGUCGAGAGAGAAGCAGGCCAGCAGGAGUGAUGCUGGCGAGACACAUGAAGGCCAGUCUCCUCCACACAGUCCAGAUUUGGAGGCGGCUCCCUCUCGGGUGGUCAGGGACAGUAAGGAGAACAAGGAGCCGUCUCCUAAAAUGAGGAGGCGUCGCAGUGUGAAGAUCAGCAGCAUCGCUCUGGAACCUGCCCAGUGGCAGAACGACGCCCUGCACAUCCUCACCUCAGCCCACGACUAUCGCAGCAUGAACGACUUCCUCAUGAAGAAGAUCGCUGACUUGGAUUCCGAAGAUGGCAAAAAGGACACAAUGGUGGAUGUUGUCUUCAAGAAAGCACUGAAGGAGUUCAGGAUCAACAUCUUCAACUCGUACUCUACCGCACUGGCAAUGGAUGAUGGGAAGAGCAUCCGUUACAAGGAUCUCUACGCGUUGUUCGAGCACAUCCUGGAGAAGACCAUGCGUCUGGAACAGAGAGACUGGAGCGAGUCGCCUGUGAAGGUGUGGGUCAACACCUUCAAGGUCUUCCUGGAUGAAUUCAUGACCGAGUAUAAGCCCAUGGAGGGAACUAUCGGCAGGGCUCCUAAACGUGAGCGUAAGAAGUCAAGAAAGAAGGAAACUGACAUUGUGGAAGAACAUAAUGGCCACAUCUUCAAGUCCACCCAGUACAGCAUCCCUACCUACUGCGAGUACUGCUCCUCCCUCAUCUGGAUGAUGGACCGAGCCUGCGUCUGCAAAUUGUGUCGCUACGCCUGCCACAGGAAGUGCUGCUCCAAGAUGACCACCAAGUGCAGUAAAAAGUAUGACCCGGAGCUGUCGUCACGGCAGUUUGGCGUGGAGUUGUCCCGUCUGACCAGUGAGGAACGCACAGUGCCACAACUUGUAGAGAAACUUAUCAACUACAUCGAGAUGCAUGGCCUCUACACAGAGGGGAUCUACAGGAAAUCAGGCUCCACCAAUAAGAUCAAAGAGCUCCGACAGGGGCUGGACACAGAUGUGAGCAGCGUGAACCUGGAUGACUACAACAUCCAUGUCAUUGCCAGCGUGCUCAAACAGUGGCUCCGUGACCUCCCUAGCCCUCUCAUGACCUUUGAACUGUACGAGGAGUUCCUUAGAGCCAUGGGUCAGCCAGACAAGCGGGAGGUGAUCCGAGGUGUGUAUUCAGUGAUCGACCAGCUCAGCAGGACACACCUCAACACACUGGAGCGCCUCAUCUUCCAUCUGGUCAGGAUCGCCCUGCAGGAGGAGACGAACAGGAUGUCAGCCAAUGCCCUUGCCAUCGUGUUCGCUCCCUGCAUCCUUCGCUGCCCCGACACCAUCGAUCCGCUGCAGAGCGUCCAAGACAUCAGCAAAACCACCGCGUGUGUGGAGCUGAUCAUCAACGAGCAGAUGAGCAAGUACAAAGCUCGCCUGAAGGACAUCAGCAGUCUCGAGUUUGCAGAGAGCAAAGCCAAGAGCAGACUGACCCACAUCAGGAAGUCCAUGAAACCUGUACUAAUUGCUGUUAGGUUUAUGAGCAUAACCCGCACUGCCACCCCGCCUAACACAGCUAAACUUAAGGGCAAAAGUCGUGUCCGGCAAACCAGCAGCCACACACCCUCACCUCCUCUCAGCCCCAGAGCACCCUCUCUGGUGGAUGGAGAGACUGCAGGAGGAGGAGGAGGAGGAGGAGGAGGAGAGGAUGCAGCAGACGCUGGGCUGAACGAGCAGCAGCAGCUGGCGAUGCAGCAGGAGGAGCGAAUCCUCACAGAGCAGAUCGAGAGUCUGCAGAAAGAAAAAGAGGAGCUGACGUAUGAAAUGUUGAUCCUUGAGCCGCGGGCAUCUGAUGAUGAGACUCCUGAAUCUGAAGCCUCGAUCGGCACAGCAGACAGCUCUGAGAACAUCACCAUGGAGACGGAGGGAGCCACAUCAGACCCCUCUGAUCGUGGCACGUACCGAUCUAGAAAGUCCGAGGCAAAGAGCAGACGGGCUCUGCGCCGCCAGCCCGACUCCCAGGACUCAGCAGACUCCACCUCCACCAUCUCCUCCUCCUACCACCCUUCUUCCUCUCUCUCCUCCAACGCCUCCGGUUCUCCGUCCCCUCACUAUCGGUUCCGCUCCUCCUCCUCUGGGCCCCUGCUCACUUCCUGUGGCCUGGGGGCCCCGCUGGCGGAGGCAGAGGGGGGCCACAAAACCGGUAAGACGCGCCACAGGCUCAGGCUGAGCCGCAGCUCACCACGCGAGCCCUCGGGAAGCCACCGGAGGGAUUCGGACUUCGGCUCAGGGCCACAGCAACUGGUUCUGUACGGCAGCAAUGAGUUCAUGGUGUGACGCUGACGAAGGACGGAACGCCAGAAGCCACCUUUUCAAGUGGAGGAGGGUGUGAGAGGGGGAGGGCGGAGAGUCAGGGGUUGAACGAGGCUGGUCACUGGGUGAGGGUUACACUCAGUGUCGUCUGCUGCCCCUCCUCGGUGCACACACCCCUUCCUCCCCUGGUUGGGUCAAAGCAGAAAGAUGUGACAAAAAAGAGAGGAUUGAGGUUUGGCACAGAGGGACAAAGCAGCAGAAAGGUGGAGUGAAGAGACGUGAGCGAUCGUGUUGGUUGACCCUCUGAUCUGAGCGCUGUUUGACCUCUGCUGGAGCACCAGGGGUCGGUCAGAGGAGACGAAGGGAAGGACAGGUGGUGAGACAAGGAUAGAAAAGCCCACACCUGCAAAGCCAAAUCAUACAGUGCCCCGUCUUUAUUCUUUAGCAUGUGGGCAGGUGGUGAAAGCCACCCAGAAGAAAUGUAGCCAUACUGACUGAACUGGCGGACAUUUUGUCUGUAACCAGCGCCAAGCUAAUUCUGCUUUUCACGUUUACACAGGACACACCAGCCAGGAGGCUGCAUGCUUGUCCAUCACACUUUUUCCUUCAUCAGUUUGAAGAGACUGUGUCGAAAUCUGUUACAGCUGUAUGUUACAUAUAGUUAUUAUUAUAAUUAUAAUUAUUAUUAUGUUACAAAGGAAAAAAGUGUACAUAGAAAGAAAGUGCAGUGCUGCUCCUGGGUUGUUCAUCGUUGAAUAGUCUCUAUUUCCUGUUUUGCAAAGUGAAGUGUCUGGAAUUCAGGUUCCACUUUUGUUUCUGUGGUGGUUUUACUUGGUUUACCGCCGGUUUUUCUCUUUUCCUGUUUCACAGUGAACAGAAACCGUUUUGGGGUGUUCUCCUGAGAAAUAAUAGAAGGAAAAGUUGCCGAUCUGUGUUCACAGUGUCAAGUGUCACAUGAACUUGACCUGAAGUUUCAGUCAGCCCUAAGUGUUUGGUAUUUCCCUUCCCCUGCAACCUUUAAUUAUUUUCUUAUGUUUAAUUCAGAAACAUCAGUGUUACUGCAUCAGAACUUGAAUUUUUUAAUAUAUAUUAUUGCUGUAUUAUAGGUGUUGGUAUUGAUAUCAAAGAUGUCAUGUUUUAGUUGUCAAUAUGAUUUCAUGUUUUGCUUUGGUUCAGAUGAAAGCCAUCUUUUCCUCUCCCAUCUGUAUUUGGUUGCGUGUCUGAAUGAAUAAUUCCUUCCACUGUG